AUGGCAGAAUCCGCCUUUGCCUACCAUGAACCCUCGAUUUUGACCAUCCUAAAUCAGACAGGGCUCCUCUUAGUGCUGAACCUCGUCAACACUUGUCUCGAUAAGCUGCUCUACUGCGGUUUGAUUGGCCAGCUCUUCAUCGGAAUCCUCUGGGGCACCCCCGGCGCAAAAUGGCUGGACCGCGGGACGGAGAUCGUGAUACAGCAGCUGGGAUACCUGGGACUGAUCAUGCUGGUAUACGAGGGCGGUCUGUCGACGUCCCUGUCCUCGCUCCGGGCGAAUAUGUGCCUGUCGCUCGCGGUCGCGUUCACCGGCAUUGCCGUGCCCAUGGCAUUGUCGUUCAUCCUGAUGGAGCUCGUCUCUACCACGCCUCUUCAGGCUUUUGCGGCCGGCGCGGCGCUGACUGCGACUAGUCUGGGAACCACGUUCACGAUCCUCUCCACGACAGAGCUUAUAACAACGCGUCUGGGGACAGUUACUACCAGUGCGGCCAUGCUGGACGAUGUCGUUGGUCUUGUUAUGGUUCAAAUCAUUUCGAACCUCGGUGGGAGCGGAGACGCGUUCAGCGCGGUGACUGUUGUCCGGCCCCUUUUCGUAUCGGUUGGCUUCGGAGUUGGCGUCGUCCUUGUGUGUAGAUUUGUCGCACGGCCGAUUCUCCUUUGCCUUCUCGCAUCGCAAAAAGAGCUGCCCCAGUUUACCCGCACUCCGCAAUUCGCGUUCCUUGGAUAUACGGCCUUGCUGGUUGGUUUGGUGGCGGGAGCGACCUAUGCCGGGACGUCUAGUCUUUUUGCGGCGUACCUCGCUGGAGUCAUCACAUCGUGGUUCGACAGCCAUGUGCACAGCACGGAAGAUUCAGCUAUCGAGCCGCAAUCCGCAAAUGAGACCUCGGCUCCACAACAAGUCGAGCCUGGGAUUCAUCAAGACGCCGCUCGCGGUCCCUCAUAUACUCCCUCAACCCAGGCCAACCAUGAGCCCAAGGUCACAGGCACUUACGUAUACGAACACUAUUACCACAGCCCCGUCAAUCGCAUUCUGAUCCCGAUGUUCUUCGCCUCCAUCGGGUUCGCGAUCCCAAUCACCGAAAUGUUUGAAGGAAGCAUCGUGUGGCGCGGCUUCGUCUACGCGAUCCUCAUGACGUUCGGCAAGAUGUGCACGGGCCUGUGGCUUGUUCGUUUCUCACCUCUAUCGGGUAUGACUUCUCUCGUCCGAAUCCUCAAGGCACCUUACGGCUACGCCAGGACUUGUCUCCGACGGCAAUCAUCUCAACCAAACCGCGAGAAGGGCCAACGACAGACACCGAGUCAAGAAAGUACUCAAGUUCCAGCCACCAGCCUCACUACGGACUCAAAUACCGAGCUCCCGAAUCAACUGGACCUUACAACAGACAGCGGCGCCGCAUCUACCCCUGAUGCCCGGGACCAGACCCGCCCGGUAACCUCAUCGACAUCAUCCCUCCCGCAAGCCCCGAGAUCCCUCUAUCCAGCCUCGAUCCUGUCACUGGCAAUGGUCGCGCGCGGCGAAAUCGGGUACCUAAUCGCCUCACUUGCCGAAUCGAACGGGAUCUUCGGCGUGGCUGCGGAGGGGUCAUCCUCGGAGACGUACCUCAUUGUCGUCUGGGCGAUCUCGCUGUGUACCCUUGUCGGGCCGGUUUGUGUCGGGACGCUGGUCAAGAGGGUCAAAGCGUUGCAGAAGGAGGAGAGGAACGGAGCGGGGCGGGGUGGCAGUGGCAGGGAUCCGCUGGGGGUUUGGGGCAUUUGA